GCGCUCGUGGCCCUCCGUCUGUCGUCCGUCCCCCCACCCCCCCCCGGCCUCGAUCCGAUCGGGGACGGGUCGAGGGGCAGGGGAAUGUCGUCGUCGUCGUCGUCUUCGGCGGCGGCGCACCAGCACCCACACCACCACCACCGGCGCCAGGGCGGAGGGAGCGGGCUCGUGCCGCUCGCCGCGCUCAUCAAGGAGGAGGCCAGCACCGAGCGCUGCGCCGGCGGCGGGAGCAGGAUCUGCGCGCGCGACGAGGACGCCGGAGGCUCCGGCGUGUGUGGGGAGCCGGCGGAGGAGGAGGCGCGGCGGCAGCGCCCGCUGCUGCGUUACGGGUGCGCCGCGCAGUCCAAAAAGGGCGAGGACUUCUUCCUGCUGAGGACGGACUGCCCGCGCCCCUCCACCUCUGCUUCCUCCUCCGCGGCCUCGCCGCACCCCACCUUCGCCGUCUUCGCCGUACUUGAUGGCCAUAAUGGUAACGCCGCCGCAAUAUACACAAGGGACAAUUUGCUCAACCAUGUCCUCAGUGCGAUGCCACGUGGGCUGUCCAGGGAGGAGUGGUUGCACGCAUUGCCCCGAGCACUGGUCGCAGGGUUCGUUAAGACUGACAAGGAGUUCCAGAGCAAAGGCCAAACUUCUGGCACAACUGCUACUUUUGUGAUAAUUGAUGGAUGGACUAUCACUGUUGCCUCUGUUGGCGAUUCUCGCUGUAUUUUAGAUGCACAGGGUGGGACUGUUUCUUUGCUUACUGUGGAUCACAGACUAGAAGAAAAUGUUGAGGAGAGGGAGCGCGUUACAGCAAGCGGAGGUGAAGUUGGAAGGCUUAGUGUUGUUGGUGGAGCUGAGAUUGGCCCGCUACGAUGCUGGCCAGGAGGACUAUGCCUAUCAAGAUCCAUUGGAGAUAUUGAUGUUGGUGAAUUUAUUGUUCCUGUUCCUUAUGUGAAGCAAGUGAAGUUGUCAAAUGCUGGAGGAAGACUUAUCAUUGCCUCAGACGGCAUUUGGGAUGCAUUAUCCUCAGAGGCAGCUGCUAAGUCUUGCAGAGGUUUACCUGCUGAGCUUGCUGCAAAGCAAGUCGUUAAGGAGGCGCUCAGGACAAGAGGGCUAAAGGAUGAUACAACCUGCAUUGUUGUUGACAUAAUCCCACCUGGUCAAACAAUACGGCCUCCAUCUCCACCUAAAAAGAUGAACAAGUUGAAAUCGUUAAUCUUCAGAAAGAAAGCAAAGGAGCCUUCUCAGAAAUUGACUAAGCAGCAUUCAGGGGCUGGUGCUGUUGUAGAGAUAUUUGAAGAGGGUUCAGCCAUGCUAUCAGAAAGGUUAGGUCCCGAUUGGAAUGGCGGGCAUACAUUCUCAAGCUUGUUUACAUGCGCCAUUUGCCAGGUAGACCUGGAACCAAGUGAAGGCAUAUCUGUCCAUGCUGGAUCCAUCUUCUCAUCAAGCUCCAAGCCAUGGGAAGGCCCAUUCCUCUGCUCUGAUUGCCGCGACAAGAAGGAUGCCAUGGAAGGCAAACGGCCUAGCGGCGUCAAGGUUCUGUAGUCAACGGCAACCGAUCACCAUUGUAGCUUCCCGCAAAAUCUCUCCUUUCUUUUCUUUUUUUCUUGGUGAGCAAGGACCCUUGCGUUACAGAAAUUUUCCUUAAAUUUUUAGGCGAUUUGGAUAAUUUUAGGCUGCAUUUUAUUUUGUUUAAUUAUGAGGAACUAGCCGACUAUGUAAGUAGCUCUUGGCAAAAGGAAAUGUGAAGCGAAUGAAUAGGGUAUGCCUUCAUUUUUCUUUUUCUCUUCUAUUAUAGGAAUGGACUAACUGUAGCUCGCUGCUCGCGAGGUGAUAUGAUAGCUAAGCUAUUCUUUAUUUGUAACCUAUUGGUGCCUUUGCUAAUAGAAUAUUUAGUUAUUGCGUU